AUGGAGUCUGAGAAUCAACAGUCACCAGAAAACAGCUCUCACGACGCACACGCCAUCAGAGAGGUGAUUAGUAAAGUAAAAUCACAGGGCUUGUUCGAUCAAUUUAGGAAAGAAUGCCUUGCUGACGUUGAUACAAAGCCUGCUUACAACAACUUGAUUCAGCGUGUAGAAAAAUUUGUGGAGCGAUUUUUGAAUGGUCAAAAAUGGAAUACAAAUGUGAACAAGAAUCAACUACGAGAUGCCCUCAGACGCCAGUUAAACAACUCUGGUGUGAUGAGUAUUGGUGUUGACCGCAUUAUUGAACAAGUUGUAAAUCCCAAGAUACUCCUGGGCAUCAAACCUAAAAUUGACGAGGCUGUAUGUAGCUACCUUGGUGUUGACCUGAAGGCUCGACAGGAGCAGCAGCAUAAAAGAAAGCAAGAACAGCAGAGGUUAAUGUUACAGCAGCAGCACCUUCAGCAGCAACACUUGCAGAGUUUGAUGAGUCAGAAUGUGAAGCCUGAUGACAACUUUGGCAGUGUUCCAAGGAUUCUUCCUAACGCCUGGUCUCAUGCAGCUAAUGGUGCCAACUUCCCUGGCUCUCCCAUGGCAGGAAUGUCAAAUUCAACUGCAAAUGCAGGUGGAUCAUUUAACUCACACGGGUUUGGUGGAAUAGUGCAACCAUUUUAUACAAGUGGUUGGGGACCAGGGUUGCAAGGAAUGGAAGGUUUUAAUCAAACCAUGCAGCCUAUCAUCAAUGGACAACCUAUGAUCCCAGGACAGCCAAUGAUACCUCCAUUUGGCAAUAGUGGAAUUGCUCCAACAGUCCCUAAUGGGCAACCUUUCAACAGCAGUGCGUCUCCUUCAGUUAGUAAUGUUAAUACGUCUUUCAGCGCACCAGCAUUGCCAUCACAGUCAGCUGCGGUCCAAAACAUCCCAGAUUUUAGCAAACCACCGCCAGGAUUACCUGGGGCACCAAUAAUGAACUCUGCAUCAAGCUUAGGGUCUUCACCAGCUCCAGGCAUGCCCUUGCAGUCUAGCCCAGUUGCACCACCUGGUAUGUUGCCUGGAUCUGUUGGCAGCAUCAUUCGACCUCCACCUCCAGGUUCUAUCCCACCACCACCAGGAACUGUUCCAGUUAUGGGUCCUUCAGCUCCUCUCCGAUCAAUUCCAACAACACCCACCAUCCCAGCUCUGAUAUCCCACACCUUAUCAAAUGUGUCAAAAGAAGAAUUGACACCUGAAAAGAUUGCAGUAUUCAAAACAGCAGCAGCUUUUAUCACCAAGACUGUUAGCAAUGCACAAGGUACCCCUGGAGCUGAUUUGGCUACAAUGUUUUCACCUCGUGUCUUAGCUGAGGCAAUGAUGGCUGAAUCUGGGAAACCAUUAACAAAGCAUGAGGUCAGAGCAGCGAGAAGAAAAGAGCGCAUGAAGGAGUUUGAGCGAUUGAAGGCAGAAAGGGAGAGGGAAGAGGAGGAGGAAAAGAGAAGAAUGAUGGAAAUCACUUCUGCAUGUAGGGAAGAACUGUUAUCAUUUAAGCAUAAUUUAAUGGAUGUAUUCAAAGCUGCUGAGGAUGUAUCAGAAGAUGAAGAAGCAUUUGACAUGUUGAUAGAUGCAGAGGAGUUAGGAAACAAGCAUAAGCAAGGUGUUUUGCUUUCUGAUGAUUCCAAGGAUGAAGAAGAAAAGGAAAAGCCCCCAACAAGCCAGCCAGGCAAAAAUAAUCAUGCCGUAGUUGGGAUCUCUUUGUGA